GUUGACAUUGACAUUUGAGUGGAAAAUUGACAAAUAUUGAUGUGAAGUGAAAUGAAAAGUGCGGAAAAGUGAGAUAUUUUGUGACUUGAAUUACGAAAUUAAAAUUAAAAUGUCGUUAAAUUUUUUAUUGAACGUGAAUAAGCCUUCAUUCGUUUUAAAAGAGUUCGUCCGUAAUGCCAGCAAGAAAUCUGGAGGUAGUACAAAGAAUACCAAUUGCAAAGUAAAGCCAAAACACAGAGGAUGGAAAGUGCAAGAUGGUCAUUUUGUUCAAGCUGGACACAUACUUGCUACACAAAGGACACCAAGAUUCCACCCUGGCUUAAAUGUUGGUUGGGGCAAAAAUGGCACAAUAUUUGCAAUUGAAGCAGGUCGUGUUGUUGUCACUUGUGAGAAAUUUGAACCUAACUGGGAGCACACUUGGGUACAAAGGAUAUAUGGAGGCAGGGAAACACAGACCAUUCUGAAGAAAUACUACAAUGUUAUACCCGACCCGCAACAUCAGAGAUUCAAACUUAUUGAUGAAAUUUAGAUUGCAUAGUGAUUAUUUAGUAAUUGUAAAAAACAUGAAAUAGAUAAAUAUAGAGUGUUAAGGUA